AUGCCCGAAUUCAGCCUUACCAAGCCUACUCGUCCCAUCCAUGUCGGCGUCGUCCUCAUGAACAGCAUCACCGAGGCGCUCGACGUCGUGCCUGUCGAUCUGCUCCACGGCCUAAGCCACAAGUUUCUCGAGGCCAUGCCCACGGUCAUCCCGGAAGCUCUGAAGAACCAGGGCCUGCCGAUUGAGUUUCACUGGGUCUCUGAGAAUGGCAGCAAGGACACGCGCGAACUGAGCAGCGGCCUCCACGUCACUCCUACUGACUCCUUCGCUACCUGCCCCCCUCUAGACAUUGUCCUUGUCGGCGCCAGCCACAUCGACUACGUCCUGACCGCCAACGAGCGGGCCUUUAUCCAGAAAUCCUACGACGCCUGCACCGCCUUCAUGACCGUCUGCGGCGGCGUGCUCGUCGCCGUCGCUGCCGGCCUCGUCGCCGGCAAGACCGUCACAGGCCCGCGCCUCAUGCUGCCGCAGCUGCGUGCCAUGGCGCCCGACGCCGCCGCCUGGGUCGAGAAGCGCUACGUGCACGACGGCAAGCUCUGGACGAGCGGCGCGCUGCACAACGGGCUCGACAUGAUGGCGGCGUUUAUGCGGCACACGUGGCCGAAUGACGAGGGCCAGAAGCUGAGUCUGGUCGACUUUGCGCUCGUGGCGGGGAGUGGCAUCGAAAGGGACAUUGACUACAAGGACGAGCCUCUUCUUGACUUGCCGGCUGCCUAG